ACUCUGUACCGGUGUGUCAGCGCGUCUAGGCGCUGCGGAAGUCGUGUAUAAUAAAAAAGACAUUAUUAGUAUUUAUUAGAUAAGGUUGCUUUCGUAAAAAUGGAAGGUUAUCAUUUAAAGUCACUUGUAAUUAUAAUUGCUUUUAUGGUAAUUUGUAUUCAGUUGACAAAUGCUUACGACGACUUGCCAUGUGAAGCUCAUGCGGUUGCCAACCGGUCUGUCAUCUGCAGAUGUACAGCGCAGUACUGCGACACUGUCAUAAGAGAAGUGCCUGCGGAAGGGGAGAUUAUCACCUAUACAUCCUCUGACUCUGGACUUCGGUUUUAUAAAGAAUCAUCCCGGUUUGAAGACUCCGAAUCGUUUGACAACAGCCUGGUAUAUAAUUUAGAUCCAGAGAUAAAGUACCAGACGAUCAAUGGGUUCGGAGGAGCCAUCACAGACUCCACUGGGCUCAACUGGCAAAACUUGACUGAUCCCGCGUUGAAACAAAACUUGAUCAAUUCCUACUGCAGCGAUAAAGGCAUAGAAUACAGUAUGCUUCGCGUGCCUAUCGGGGGCAGUGACUUCUCACCAAAGUUUUAUGCUUACAACGAAUACCCCAAAGGAGAUAAGAAGCUAUCGAACUUCACGCUCAGACCAGAAGAUUACACGUACAAGUUACCUUUCAUCAAAGCAUGCAUGGAGGUAGCGAGAGAAGAUAUCCACAUGGUAGGUACUUGUUGGUCGCCGCCGACGUGGAUGAAGGUCCUGCAUAACUACACAGGAGUCAACUAUUUGAGGAAGGAAUAUUACUGGACCUACGCAGAGUAUCAUCGCAAAUUCGUAGACGCAUACAUGAAAGAAGGAGUGCCGAUAUGGGGUGUUACUACUACUAACGAACCUCUGACCAGUAUAGCAAACAUUGGCCCUAUAAAUUCUCUGGGUUGGACUACGUCUUCUAUGGCAAACUGGAUAGCAGACUACUUCGGGCCUGUGAUGAAGAAGCAUCACCCGGAUGUAAAACUCCUCGGAGUGGACGACCAGCGUAGCGCUAUUCCCAUAUGGUUGAAUCUGGUGGCCUUGAGAAGACCGGAAGUCCUGAACUAUUUGGACGGGAUAGCAGUCCACUUCUACUUCGACCAGUUCAUCACGGCCGACACCAUCCCGUUGACUUUGAAACAGUAUCCGCAACUAUUCGCGCUUGCUACCGAAGCUUCCUUUGGAGCGAUCGCAGAUAUAAAGGUGGAUUGGGGAUCAUGGGAGCGAGCCGCUAGCUACGCGAAGGAUAUUAUUGAGGACCUCAAUGUAGACAUGAUCGGGUGGUUGGAUUGGAACAUGGUUUUAAACAGCCAAGGCGGUCCAGUUUUGAAUCAAAAUUAUUGCGACGCCCCCAUCAUCGUGAAGCCUGAAGAAGGAGCUUUCUACAAGCAACCCAUGUUCUACUCUAUGGGUCAUUUCGCCAAGUUCUUGUCCAGAGGAUCCCGUAGAAUAAAACUGGAGACUUCAGCCAAAUGUGACAACGUUUAUUCUGUUGCUGCCCUAACUCCAAAUAACUCUAUUGUCGUUGUGUUCAACAAUAUGGAAACUUUUGAAGUUGCAGUAACUUUGAAUCUGAGAGGGAAAUACGCUCAAAUCAAAUUGCCCCCGAGUUCCUUUGUGACAGCAGAGUUUAACAACGAAUAAAAUAAACUUACAUUUUAAUUUCAAUAAUGUAAAAUGGAUACCUAAAAUACAUAUUUAGUAUUUUAUGAAAAUUAUGUAUAUAUUGUUAGUGGGUGCCUUAGUUGCGCCUCUGCAUACCCCUUCGGGGAUAAAUGCGUGAUGUUAUGUAUGUAUGUUAAUGUAUUAUUAUGUGCAGAUAUUUCUUGUAAUUAAAAAUAAACAAUAAUUACACUUGCCUCUACAAUAAAAUACUACUCUAGUGUUAUUUAUGUUGGGUUUUGGCCUCAUUAUAUAUAAAACAAAUAUUUAUGAUAUAAACAUUUGCUUUAUGUAAAGUUCGAGACUGCGGCGUCGUUGGGCCUUUUUAUAGCCGUAACUUUACGUUAUGGAAUUUGUUAUGUACGUGUGUAUGUAAGGUUAUUGUUAUUAUUAAAAUUUAUCAUUAUUUA